AUGACCAGUGAUCGAUUCGUCGUGCUCAGCCCCCAAGGCCCCUUUGACACCACCACCGAGGACCAUAUCGUGUAUGGCGAGCAGUACCCAGCGCUCGUUGCCGGGCAGCUCUACACGGGGUCAACUCGGGUGAGCGAGACGACGAAAGCGGGUUUCUUCUCGAAGCAUGUCGACGGCAAGACCACUGGCACCAUCGACUUGCAGGCGACGCGCGCUGUACGCCAGGCAGGAGGUUUGCGGCGCCCUCGCUGUUACUUUGCCUACGCGGACUUGCCGAUGUCCCUGUCGAACAUCAGCGACCAGGUCUGGUUGAUAACGUCGAGGCAGACGCUGCCGGACCUGCGUAAGGAGAAGCCAGUAUGCUGCCUAAAGAGGCGUGCUUGUCCGGGUUAUGUUUGGGUUGAAGAUGCGGUUGACGAAGCCGAUGCAUGGGCUCUUGUAUGGGUAUUGGUCGGGAAGCUCUACGUGGAUCUUCCAGAGGCCGCCCUGGAAUGGUGCUUUGACUGGUCAGUGGUCAGCAAGAAGAACACACUGGAGGUGAUAGAUGAUGUAAGCCUGCUUUCUUCCGGGCCCUUGAAACGUGGACAGUAUGUGGCCCAAACAUGCGCGUCUACAUGA